AUGUCCGACGCUGCAGCAAUGGAUCCCGCAGCGGCGGCGGCUGCGGCUGCUGCUGCCGCGGCAGCCAUGAAGUCCUUCACGAUUGAGGCGUGGACGCUUCUGGCUGUUGGCGUUCUCUUCACCAUCCUCAGAACCUAUGCCAGAGUGAGGGCAGUCGGUUUCAAAGGCCUCCAAGCUGACGACUACCUGGUCUGGGUCGGAGUGAUCUUUUAUGUCAUAGAGACGGUCCUUGCACAUUCUGUUGGAGCCAUCGCGAAGGGCAUGGCUAACAAUGGCAUGACUGACGAGCAACGAGCCGCACUCUCGCCAGAUAGCGAGGAGUAUCGCCUAAGGGUAAUCGGCUCUAUCAUUCAAAUCUGUGGAUGGUCUAGUUAUUCCGUUCUGUUGUGGUCUCUGAAGGCCUCGUUGUUGGUAUUCUACAUCAGGCUGACAGCUGGUCUGGGAAAAGCCUUUAGAAUGCGUAUCUAUGUCGGCUUUGGUUUCCUUAUUGUCAGCUGGAUCGUUGUCGUUGCAAACCUUUUCUUAGCGUGUCGACCCUUUCACAAGAACUGGCAGAUCUAUCCGGACCCCGGUAAUGUCUGCCAGCCAGCAAUUUCCAACCAGGUCGUCUGGGUCUACCUUUCAUUCAAUGUCUCGACGGACCUUUACCUGUUGUCGAUUCCCCUUCCUAUGCUUUGGCAGGCCAAGCUAAAGCCCCUGAAGAAAUGGGGUCUGCUCUUUCUCUUCAGCGGUGGUCUCUUCGUCAUUGUCUGCGCCACCCUUCGAUGUGUUCUGAUUGUAACUGAUCCCCAAAAUGGAGCACAACUUGCCGGUUCGUGGGCUGUUCGGGAAACAUUUGUUGCCGUCAUUACAGCCAACCUGCCUAUGGUCUUCUCCAUCGUCAAACAAUGGCUGACGCCAGUCUUCGGCUCCCUCAUCACCUCGAUACGUUCGUCGCAAAGACAGACCGAGAACACCCCAAGAGAAGUGCGCACCUUUGGCGCCGGCAGCAACCAGAGCUGGCGCGGACGCGGCCCUCCUUCAGCAUACCCGAUCACCAACAUCACCUUCAACGAAAGCGAGGAGCGCAUGGUCAAUGAGAUCAAGAUGCAAGACGUCAAGGCCUGGGGUGACCCGUACGCCGACGGAAGACCGCCUACCAGGUCCCACAGCAUGAGCAGAAGUGCGAGCACCGCCAGCAGGCAUAGAAAUGGCAAUAUCAGGAAGGAUAUCGAGGUCGCCAUUACGACCGAGGUUCGCGAGCUGAAGCCUGAUGCGAACGGCAACAUCAAAAGCGUGUCGCCUCGGAGCUUUUCGUUUGCCAGGGGCCCGAAGAGGAACUCGAAGAGAGCAUCGGCGCACAGCGCGGUGUUUGACGCUGAUAACAGGAUUUAA